AUGGUCAAAGCCUGUGUCUGUGGAGCUGCCGGGGGAAUCGGUCAACCCCUCUCCCUUCUUCUAAAGCUCAACCCCCUCGUCACUGAGCUCAGCCUCUACGAUGUGGUCAAUGCGCUCGGAGUUGCUGCAGACCUUUCUCACAUCGCCUCCCCCGCUCAAGUCACUGGAUACCUUCCCCCUGACAAUGGAGCUGAAAAGGCACUCAAGGACAGUGACAUUGUCAUCAUCCCCGCUGGUGUCCCCAGAAAGCCAGGUAUGACCCGAGACGAUCUCUUUAUCAACGCCGGUAUUUGCGCUACUCUCGCUCAAUCUAUCGCCAAGGCUUGCCCCAAGGCAUUCAUCUUGGUCAUCUCCAACCCUGUCAACUCGACUGUCCCCAUCUUUGCCGAGGUCCUGAAGAAGGCCGGUGUCUAUGACCCCAAGCGAUUGCUCGGAGUCUCCCACCUCGACAUCGUUCGUGCAUCCACCUUCGUGGCCAGCGUCGUGGGCAAGCCAGCCGAUGCUGCCAAAUAUGUUGUUCCCGUUCUUGGUGGACACUCCGGCGCUACCAUCCUCCCCUUGCUCAGCCAGAGUCAGCCUUCCAUUCCCUCUGAGAUCCUGAACGACAAGGAGAAGCGUGACGCUUUGGUGAAUCGAAUUCAAUUCGGUGGAGAUGAGGUCGUCAAGGCCAAGGACGGUGCUGGAUCCGCCACUCUCUCCAUGGCUCAAGCUGGAGCUGAGUUUGCCGAGUACGUGCUCAAGGCUGCGUUUGGUGGAGAAAAGGUCCGCACUGUCCAGGCAUACAUCGACCUCGGCGCGGACGCUGGAGGUGCUGCCGUUCAAAAAGAGAUUGGUGCCGACCUCUCCUUCUUCUCAGUCAACAUCCAGCUCGGACCCGGUGGCGUGGAGAAGAUCUUGCCUGUUGGCGACCUCGACGACUCUGAAAAGACCUUGCUCGAAGCUGCUGUCAAGGAGCUCGGUCCCAGCAUUGAAAAGGGUGUCUCGUUCCAGCCCGCUCCUCCCAAGCUCUGA